AUGAAAUACAAUUUAACAUUUAUUGAUGACUAUACACAAUUUAAUGUAAUUUAUUUGCUUGAGAAUAAAAGUGAAGUACUUAACUACUUUAAGAAAUAUGAAGCAGUUGUAAGUGUACAUUUUAGACAAACUAUUCAAUCAUUAAGAUGUGAUAAUGGAGGCGAAUACAUAUCUCACAAUUUCAAGAAUUUUUGUGCACAAAAGGGAAUUGUUGUGAACUACACUGCUCCAUACACUCCUGAGCAGAAUGGUUUAGCUGAAAGAACUAAUCGUACAAUUAUAGAAAGUACCCGAUCGUUACUAUUUCAAUCAGGGUUAUCUAAAGAAAUGUGGAGUGAAGCAGCUCUCAUGGUCACAUAUUUACUAAAUAGAUUACCAACAUCUAAAAAUUCAAGUAAGACACCAACUGAAUUUUGGAAUGGUUGUAAACUAAAUUUAUCAAACAUUCGUGUUUUUGGGUGUGCUACGUUUGCUCAUAUACCUAAACAACUAAGAAGUAAAUUAGAUUCCAAAUUAAGAAAGAGCGUUAUGCUUGGUUUUGUUGAAUCUGGUUAUAGACUAUGGGAUCUUGAAACCAGGGCAAUUUUUGUAAGUCAAGAUGUAAUUUUUAAUGAAAACAGAAUGCAAGGUAAUCAAAAUAUCAGUAAAAUAUCUGAAGUAAAUAUAAGAGAAGAUGAACCUGAAGAAGACGAAAACUACAAAGAAGAUGAAUCUCAAGAAGCAGAAAAUGACAGAAAAGAUGAGCAUAAAGAAGAGACCAAAGAUAUCAUCAUGAAGAUAAGAAGACUGGAAGAUAACAAAACUACACAACCUAAAAGAAAAGUAACAUAA